AUGUUCCGAGCUGCAUCCCUGUUGAUGAUCUUCCUCCUAGCCUUGUCCAUCGCGGCAUCGCCUGUCGAAAUCCGCGACUCCCCCAUCACCCUCUCCGUCGCCAGGAGGCUAAACACCUCUGGCGGUACCAUCAACCUCCUACAGCACGACCAAUCUCGCGCGACCGCCCUCAAAACUGUUAGCAGAGACACUCUCAGCCGUCGUAGUGGUAGCACUGUUGCGACAAAUGAUGCUGUAUACUACACUGCAGCUGUUGGCAUUGGCAGCCCUGCCACAACCUACAACUUGAUUGUCGACACCGGUAGCUCGUUCACAUGGGUUAGUGCCACCUCGUACGUGAAGACCAGCACCAGCGUCAACACUGGACAGCCUGUAUCGGUCCCUGGCUAUGGUUCUGGAACUGAGUACACCGACACCGUCACUCUCGGAAAUCUCACCAUUAUCCGGCAGCCGAUUGGUGUUAUUUCUACUUCGACGGACUCUGUCAUCGGUGUCCUUGGCAUUGGGCCCCUAGACUUGACAGAGGGUAUCCUGGGAGAAUCAUCUACCAUGACAAUCCCAACCGUCACUGACAGCCUGUACAACCAAGACAUGAUUUCUCAGAUAGUUGUUAGUGUCUCUUUCGAGCCCACCACUUCGGAAUCAGACAUCAACGGAGAGCUCACCUUCGGUGGAACUGAUGCUACCAAGUACACCGGUGCCAUUGCAUACACUCCUCUCACCACCACCGAACCUGCAUCCUACUACUGGGGUAUCACCGAGAGCAUCACUUACGGCACCACGACCAUCUUGACUGAGACAGCCGGUAUCGUCGACACUGGCACCACCCUCAUCCUCAUUGCCUCCAAUGCAUAUGAUGAGUACCAGUCUGCAACCGGUGCCACCCUGGACGAGACUACUGGUCUUCUCCGCAUUAGCUCUACCCAGUACAGUGCUCUCGUGAACCUGAACUUCAAUAUUGGCAGCAAUACUUUCGCUCUCACUCCUAACGGCCAGAUCUGGCCUCGUGCCCUUAAUACCUAUAUUGGUGGUAGCAGCGACUACAUCUACCUCAUUGUCAACAACCUUGGCACUCCCAGUGGUGAAGGUCUCGACUUCAUCAACGGCUACACUUUCCUUGAGCGCUUCUACUCCGUGUUUGAUACCACCAACUCCCAAGUCGGUUUUGCCACAACCGCAUACACGAAUGCCACCACCAACUGA